AUGACAAAUUUUGAACAUGGCCUGAAGAUUUUUACUACACUUUGUGUUUCGUAUUCAUUGGUUAAAGGUACGUACCAUAAUUUACCCUACCCUAUCCUACCUUACCCUCCCUAUUCUACCUUAAGAUCUAUAUAAACCACCAUUUCAGUGUUGGCAUUUGCCGAAAUCUCAACACAACUAAAAUACGUUGGUAUCUGGUUAAACGUGUCAUCAAAUAUACUUAUUUCACUUUUUCUACCUCGUCUAUAUACGUGUAUAUCUAAACAAGCCGCUCAAAAUGUCAAUUCAUAUCAACGAAUGGGAAACGAUGACGUCACCAUUAUCGAACAUGGUCAACAUAAUGGUAUUACUACCUUUAACAACAGUAAUAAUAACGGUAUUACUAGCUCAAAUGGCCAACGUAACCCUACAAACGGUGCUUUGGGCACUGAUAAUAAUACUACUGAUAGUAGGAGCGGUACUAAUGGUAAUAAUACUACUAUCAACAGUAGUAAUACUAAUGAUAACUCUAAUAGUACAAGUACUAACACUAAUGUCAACAGUACUAAUGACUCUAAUAGUACAAAUGAUACAGAUAGUACAAGAACCUCAACUGGAGAUCAUAUUAGAAACCUGCUACAAUACUGUAGACUUCAUAUGGCCUGGUUCGGCGUUGGCUUCGUAUUUUUGAUCGUAUAUUCGGCCGGUAAGUAGGAAAUGCCAUAACUUUUUAAAAUAAUUUUGUAGACUUCUCUAUACCAAUUUGCCAAGAAUUUAGCCAACGCACCUACCUACUCCUAAGUGCCGCUUUUACUAUGUUAAUCCAUGACAAUAACUUUUCAGCCCGAGUAUUUAUCCCCUACUAUGUUGGUCAAGUUUUAGCCGACAUAAUGGCUGAAGCUCAUCAAAAAGAAUCAAAUUUCGUCAACGACAUCUUAAUGUUGUGCGUUUUAACAGUCAUUAGCACUGUCUUUGCUGGCUUGAGAGGUGGAACCUUUACACAAGCGACAGCAUUAAUUAACCGGUCGAUGAGAAGAGAUUUGUUCUCGUCGUUGGUCAAACAAGAAAUCGCUUUCUUUGAUAGUAAUCAGACUGGUGAGUAGUUGAAUAUAAAAGUCAUUAAUACUAUUGCAUUAAUACUAUUAUAGGGUUUGGCCGUAUUUUACUUUAUCUUUGCCUCACAUGCCCUACCUUACUUUGUACUUCCCUAGAGUGCCCUAACUUGCCUUAUCCUGCCCUAUCCUACCUCUUCCUACUCUACCCUACCAUACGCGACCUUACCCUUCCAGUUCUUUAUGAAGGCUUACAGUAUUAUGUACACGCUUCCAGUACCCUAUUCUUGCUUACAGUAGCCUUAUAACUAUUUACAGUAUCAAAAAACCCUACAGUAAUCAAAAAUUUAACAAAACUUUAGGAGCAAUAACAUCCAGACUGACAACCGACUGCCAAACUGUAGCAUCAAGUGUCUCCACAAAUGUCAACGUAUUCCUCCGUAACUCAGUAAUGUUGAUCGGUAGUCUUAUCUUCAUGUUCCAAUUAUCAUGGAAGCUCACCAUGAUCACUUUCAUCGCAGUACCACCACUAAUGUUAUUCAGUAAAUAUUAUGGCAGUUAUUAUGAAACGUUAAGCGAAAAGACGCAAAAUACAAUGGCAGAUGCAAACAGAAUGGCAGAAGAAGUUAUUGGAUCAAUGAGAACUGUGAGAGCUUUUGCUUGCGAAGAACAGGUAGGGUUUUGUUUAUAGUAAGUCCUGCUGAAGUUUGAAUUUACUCUAGCCUAGCUUUAAAAACUGUAGACUUGCCUUAAAACUUGUCUCUUUAGCUCUAGCAACAAAGAACAUUUAAUACCUAAAUAUACCUAAAAAUACAACUUUUAAAAAAAAAUCGGUUCCGAUACGACUUAAAGUAUGGUUAGGGCAGUAUUACUUCUUUUUUAACUGGUUUUUCGCCUAGAAAUAAAAAAAAACAACAAAAACAUACCAAAUAAUGUAGACUGCAUCGAAAACUGUGCAUCAGAACCAUCAAACUAUAUAUUAUCCAUCAUUCUCCACAAAAACUUACCUAAACAACAGUUAUGAGAAGUUUUAACUUUAAAUUUAUGUUCAUUCAUUUUAUUAGCUUCUUCUCCUUCUAAAGAUACCUAAAAAUCAAAGAAAACAAUAACAACAUACCCAAUAUAUCCCAUAAACCAAAAUUCGUUCGUCAGAUUUGCCGAAAUUUACAUUAUCCAUGAAUUGCCGCUAAAAACUAGACGAAUAUUCUUCGAUAUCGCGAGAAAAAGUUAAAGCAAGAUAAAAUAUUUAAGGUAAAUGAUUUUUUGAUUAUUGACAACAAUAAUAUGUUACAAUAAAGUUGGUAAAAAGGUAAUACUUGGCAAAUAACACUUCAAAGCGUUCUCACACUGAUUCGUCCUCGUUUUCAAGAAAAAUAAUCAAUUGUGGAGUUCCGCAACAUUUAGAUAUUUUAAUAUUUUGACGGAAAAUGGUUUUCAAAUGUCCUAGUUGUGGGAAUUAACUGAUCUUGCUUUAUUUUUAAAACUAUUUUAUAAUAAUAUUAAAAUUUCAUUCAGAUCAAUGUAAGGCCCAACUUUUCGAUAUAUUUUUAAAAUUUCAACUAUUUUCAGGAAAGCGACCGCUACCUGUCCAAACUCAACAAUACCUUACACUACAAUCGCAAGAAGGCCGUCGCUUACAUGGGUUAUGUCUGGGUCAACGAGCUGAGCGAAAACGUGGUCCUAAUCGCCGUGCUGAUCUAUGCUGGGCGAUUGGCGAUCAAAGGCGAGCUUGAUGCAGCUUCUGCCACUUCUUUUCUGUUCUAUCAGAUGCAGCUGAGUGAGAACUUUACUGGACUGAAUUACGUAUUCUCUGGAUUGAUGGAAUCUGUUGGGGCGUCGAGAAAGGUGUUGGAGUAUAUUCAUCGAGAGCCGGAGAUCAAGAACGAUGGUAACUUUAUGGGUAAUGGAGAUGUGGAAGGGUGUAUUGAGGUGGACAAAGUGGAAUUCGCGUAUCCUAGUCGGCCUAACAACAAUGUUUUGAAGGUAGGUUUAAAAUUUUUUUUGAGUUGCUACAAUCGACCGGUAAAGUUAGUCCGGGGACUUUUGGCGCACCCUGCAUAGGGUUUUUUUAGAAUAGCAGAUUAUAUUACGGUAGAUCAGAAGAUUUUUUUUAACUUUUAAAUAAACCUUUAUUAAUCGAAGUUAUACAUUUAAAUAUGACAUUUUCUUUUCUCCACCAUAUUCAAAUACGGAUUACUACCAACAGUAGAAUCUUUUCUAACUUUCUCCUCAAACGGUACCAUUCUAUGGUACAUUUUACCCCAACAACCAAACACAAUCAAAAUUACAAUGAUUUCCAUACACCAAACUGGUCUAGGACCCCAGUUCGUAUACAAAGUACUGGCUAAAACAGGUCCAGUUAGUCUUGCUAGUCCACUACAACCUUGUAGUACACCUUGUUCGGUGCCUUGUCUUCUUGGCCCUAAAAUACGAGAAAAUAGAGUGUUCAUGGUAAUUGUAAGGAUUGGGAAGGCUAGGCCAAUAACUAUGGCAUAUGAUAGGUAAUAUAUGUAGAAGUUGACUGAGUUCAAGCUGGUACACCAAUGGAAAUGGUGUUGGUUGCAGCCAAUUGUGUCAUUGAGGGCGUCUGAAAUUGGGUUUGUAAGGGUACGGGGUGAUUAUAGUGUAAAAUACGGCUUUAAUCACUACUUCUUUUUUAUUUUUUAAAAAUUUUGAAUAGGAAAACAAUUACUGAUGCAGUAAAGUAAAAUAAGGCUUCUAUGUUGCUGUUUCUAACUUACAUUUCUCGUCGAGGCGUGGCAAAAAAGGCCAAGAAAAAGUGAGUAAAUUGAAUAAAACCAAAGCCAAUAGUGAUAACAUACAGCCAAUUCUCAUGUUGAAACUGAAAAAUGUUUUUCAUAUUAUUAAAUAAUAGACCUGAAAGGGGGUUUACCAUGUAUGGUUCGGUUUCGGGUCGAAUCUAAUUUGAAAGGGGUUCGGUUGGGGUGGCACAUGCCGGCCUGAGGGCAAAGGCCUAAAUUAAGGCUGUGGGUUGGGCCGCAACAUUAGUUUUAGUCCCGGCCUGGCUAUUUUAAAAUAUUAAAUAAGGUAGAGUAGGAUAAUGUAUGGUAGGGUAAGGUAAGGUAGGGUAGAGUAGGGUAAUAUAGAAUAGCGUACAUAACAAAAACUCACUGUUGAUCCAAGUUAAAGAAGAUAUAGAGCAAAUAAAUAAAGAACGUUAAAAAUCCGACUGUGCCUUGAGCUGCUGAAUUGUAGAACACUGCUUCAUGUUCAGUCAAGUUGAACAUCAUCAUAGCAAAAGCUGCUCCUAGGGCCUCCAAAUUUGUUCUUACGAAAACAUCAACAAAUCUAGUGAGGUCGCAUAUGAAAACGGCGAUUUUAUCGUAUUCUGGAAGGUUUAUUUCUUCUUCUGUCUCUACUUUUUUUUUUACUUUUUCUUCCUUUGAUUUUUCUUUUUCUAUUUUUUCUUUCUUUUCUUCAUUCUUUUCUACUUUUUUGUCUUCUUUUUUUGUUUCUACGCCUUUUACAUCUUCUUUUACUUCUACUUUCUCUUCUACAUAAUAUUCAUCAUUUUCUUCAUAAUCACUAGACUUUUCUUUCUUUUGAUCAUCAUUACUUCCAGGUACAUUAGCUCUAGUCAUAGUAACAAUACCCACAUAAGUCUCGACGAAUUCCCAUUUUAACAAAGCCAUACCUACCAUAUUAAUAAUGCAGGCUAGGUAGGCGGGAGCUGUAUAUAAAUUGAGUCUCAUAGAAUUAGAGAAUAAAGGGAAUCCAGGGUAGCCUAGCGGGGUGAAGAUUAGUUGGAACACUAAAAAAUAUUUGGUAUCAAUUGAAGAAAAGGCAUAGCGUUGCUCUACCCCUACCCCUACCCCUACCCCUAACCCUACCCCUAUCUCUACCACUACUCCCAUCCCGUACUACUAUUCCUACCAUUUUAAAGCACCCUACCCACCCUCUUACCAGGUCCAAAAACCAUUCCCAAAGCCUGUCCACAAGUAACAAACGCAAUAGCAUGGCUUCUAUCUUUUAUCGUGGACGCAGUUGAAGCAUACGUUCUCAAUAACGCUACAUUACCACUGCCAAUGCCAGUAAUCAGCCUCCCAAACAAUAGUAAAUACCUAUUAGGCAACCCUAUCAAAGGCAUGGUAAUAUAAAGCGCAUUACCAAGUAACAUCAUAGUCAAGCCUAAAUAAAGAGGCGGAGUAACUCUUCUGAUUUUGUUACUCCAGUAGCCAAACAAUGGUGAGGCUACGAUCUGGCCUAUGCUGUAGGCUGAUACUAUAGCACCAAAGAAGGUCUCGGUUAUAUUUUUGUCUACUAUCUGCAUGUAGGGGUACAUGGAUGAUAGGUAUAGUGAGAAUUGGACAGCACUGAUAAAUGAUAGUAGGGAGGCGCUGUAGAUACUUGGCCAUUCUGUUUGGUGCUCUGUUAGGGUGUACGGUAGGUCUGUAGGGUCUUUUGUAGAGCUCGGUUGAGCCUUACAGAUCUUAUUGUUAGGGUAUGGUAGAUUAGAAUUUAAGGCAUGGUUAUAGGGUAGAUUUAGCGAGUUUUUAGAAUUUUUUGAAAUUGAAGAUGUAGGUAAUGAAUUGAGUGAUAAUUUAGUUUCAGUAGGUAUAGUAAUAUCAGUGAAAAUACUGUCAGUGGAGCCCGUUGAGAACGUUGGGGAUACGGAACGUUUUGUUUCUGCCGGUAGUGAAUUUGGAGGCAUUUUUAGGGCAAUAAAGUUAAUUUUGGCUAUGAAAUUUAGGUAAUAAAAUAGAAAUAAAAAUAAAAUUUAAAAAAAAUUUUUUGAAAAAUAUUAAAUUUUUUAAGUUUUACUUUUUGCUUAAAAAAGUUAAUACAAAAUAAAAUUUUAACUCUAGUAAAAAACUAGAACUAACUGAACGCCCAGUUACUACAAAAAGUAUGAAGAGCUAAUGACCACGCAAAGUUUGAUUAGCUAUUGAUUACUCUUUGCAUAUAGUCUUAACUUGACGCAUGCGCAAAUCCGUUCGUUUCGGACAAAAGAGUAUUAUACUAAACAAACAGUUGCAGGCUACGUCAAUAAACACUAGAUUAGGGUUAGAGCUGGGGCUAGGAUUAAGGUUCGAGUUAAGGGUAAGAGUAAGCUCUGGCUAAGGACAGGGGUGAAAAACGAGGAGGGUCGGCUUUGAGUUAAAUUUGAGUCUGAAAAGCCCAGCUCGUUUGCAUGUAUAAAAAUUAAGGCCUGAGGUAACAAUGAAAACGAGCCGGUCCUAAACCGUCCCGGGCUUGGAACGGACCCGUGUCUCAUAUCUGCUAGGAACUACACUUGGUUUGUAGGCUAAGGUUUGGAACAAAAACUAAAGCUAAAAAUUGAUCCAGUGAUAGAGCUAGAUUUAGAUCACAAUCUAGAACGUGGGCCAGGGCCUAGACUACUAAGAGCUUAGGCUAGGGCUUAAGCUAAGGUUUAGACUAAGGCUUAGCUAUAGGUUAAACCACGGCUUAGUUUAGAGAUUGAGCUACAGCUUAGUGUAGGGUUUUAUUUAAGGCUUGCGCUAUCGCUUAGGCUAGGCUAAGACUUUGAAUAGGGUUUUAGGAAUAGACUGGACUUAGAAUUUUAGCUAAAGAUAUGGCUUAAUCUUAGGCUAGGGCUGAAGCUCAAACUAACUUUAUCAUUUCAGGAACUGUCAAUAAAAAUCCAGCCAGGUCAAACAGCAGCGUUAGUAGGUCCGAGUGGUGCUGGGAAAUCUUCAAUAAUCGCUUUACUCGAACAUUUCUACAACGUAGCCGCAGGAUCGAUUAAAUUAGAUGGUAUACCAAUCAGUGAAUAUGCUCAUCGAUUUUACCAUCAGAAAGUGUCAUUGGUAUCUCAAGAGCCAGUUUUAUAUAGUGGUUCUGUUAGGGAAAACAUACUGUAUGGCUGUGAGGAUACGGUGAGUGAGGAAGAUAUGGUAGAGGCUACCAAGUUGGCUAAUGCUUACAACUUUAUCAUGGAAAUGGAACAUGGAUUUGAUACUUUGUGUGGUGAGAAGGGGGUUCAGAUGAGUGGUAAGUGGUUGCGAUACUCCCUACCUUUUCCCCUACCCCUACUAUUACCUCUACCACUACCCUUACCCCUACUCAUACCCCUACCCCUACCUCUACCCCUACUCCCACCCCUACUCCUACCCUUACUUCCUACCCAUACCUAUAUCUUGUAACCGUAUUUUAAAAUUCUCCCUUCAGGCGGUCAAAAGCAGCGUAUAGCGAUAGCCCGAGCCUUGGUUCGAAAACCGGCUGUCCUAAUCCUAGACGAAGCUACAUCAGCGUUAGAUUCAGAAUCCGAAUACAUUAUUCAACAAGCGUUGCAAAAGUGUUGCGUAGGGCGUACUGUAAUCGUCAUAGCACAUCGAUUAAGCACGGUAGAGAAGGCUGACAAGAUAUUUGUGGUGAACAAGGGGAAGGUGGUGCAAGAAGGUUGUCAUUUGAGCUUAAUGCAACAGGAAGGGCUAUAUCGACAGUUGGUACAGAGGCAGCUUCUUAAUGGUGCUGAAGAGUAG